AUGGAGCCCCCAUGGCUCCCCCCGCGAGGUUCCUCUUCUCGCACUGCAGCAGCAGCAGCAGCAGCAACUGCAACGGGAGCGGCAGGAGGAAGGAAAAGUUUCAUUGCUGCCAGCUACCUUGGCAGCAGCGAUGAGGAGGAGCAGCAGCUUGCUGCUGCUGUGCAGCAGCUGGAGAGGCCCUUACCUGUAGAUUGCGGAGGCUCUACGCCCAGCAGCACUCCCCGCACGGAGCGCCGCAGCAGCGGAGGUUUCGCUGCUCCUAUUACAACUUCUGCUGCUGCUGCUGCAAAGGGGGAGAGAGGCGAGGAGGCUGCUGCCCCUCGUGGGCUUCUCAACCCACUGCCGCUCACUGUCGAGCACGUGGAGCAGCAGCAGCAGCAGCAGCAGCAGCAGUGGAACCCAUGGCAGCAGAACCUGCUGCCUCAGGAGCAGAACAAGCAGCAGCAGCAGCAGCAGCAGCAUAAGCUGGACCUUAUGUUGGUUCAGCCAGCCCAACUGGGGCGUGGGGAGGCUGCAACUACAGGGAGAGGCUUAGCGAAUGGCGGAGAAGACGCAGCUGCGAAAGCAGCAGCAACUGCAGCAGCUGCAGAAGCUGCAGCAGCUGCUGCUGUUACAGGGGAUGACUCAGCUGCACAGGGGCAGCAGACGGCGCUCUUUCAUGUCGCUCUUGCAGCCAAAGAUGCUGCACUGGCCACCGAGAGGACACAGCGGCAGCAGGUGGAAGGAGAGCUAGCGGAGACCCGCAGGAAUCUGCUGCUGCUUCAGCAGCAGCAAGAGCAGCAGCAGCAGCAGCAGCAGUUUUUGCUUCCCCACCUUGGGGUCGGCGUUGAUGUGCAGCAGACGCAGACACACGUGCUGCAACAGCAGCUGCUGCAGAAGGAGCAGCAGAUGCGGGGCCUUGCUGUGGCACUCGACAGUAUCAGGGCCCAGAGCAGAGCAGCAGCAGCAGCACUUCAGCAGCAACUGCAGCAGGCAUUUGCGCGAGCGGCAAAGGCCGAAGCUGAAGCAGCAGGAAAAGUGGCACAGGUGAAGCAACUGCAAAUCCAGGCCACAGCGCUGCAGCAGCAGCUCAUGGAGCUGCAGCAGCAGCACGCGGCUACCACGGAUUCGCGAGACACCCUGCAACGGUCUCUGCAACAACAGCAACAGAGCAACGUAGAGCUUUUGCAGCAGCUGGCGCAGCAGCAGCAAAUUCUUCGCGAGGUGCAGCAGCAAUUGGAGAAGCAGCAACAGCAAACUGACCUGCUGCAGCAGCAAAACGAGGAACUACAGGAAGAAGCUGCGGAGUAUCGACGCAACGCUGCGGUCGCAGCUGCUGUGGGGCCCGCGGCAGUAGCUGCUGCUGCUGGGGGAGAAGGAGAGUCAGAUGGCAUUGCUGCUCUGCUGCAGCUGGAAAGGCAGCUGGCGGCGAACAAGUACGAGGAGCAGCUGCAGCAGCUGCAGCGGGAGACAGAGCAGCACCGCCGCGAGCUGCAGCAGACCCAAGCCGCUCUGCAGCAGGCGGAGAGCCAGGUCCGGACGUUUCAGGAACAAGAGCAGCAACAGCAUGAUGCGCAGCGGCAGCAGCAAGAUUUUCUCGAGCAGCAGCUGGCUCAGCAACAGCAGCGGCAGUGGGAGCUGCUGGAGGAGAGAGAUCGAUUUGUUACGGCUAUUCGCGUGCUGCAGCAGCGCUGCGAUGAGCAGCAGCAUCUGCUGGAUGCGUCACAGCCGCAGCAGCAGAGGCAUCAGCAAGAGCAGCGAAAGCAGGAGCAAGAGCAGCAAGAACAGGAAGAGACCACAGAAGACCCGUCCGCAGCAAAUAUAGAAACAUUGCAGCAGCAGGUGGCUUCCCUUGUCUCUGUGAACGCUCAGCUGUCACAGUGGAUUCGCCGUUUGCUGCACCUCGUGCAGCAGCGGCUGCGGCACAGCAGUGCAAAUGGCAGCAGCAGCGCCAGCAGCAGCAGCAACUCUUUGUUGCAGUCCUUAGGAACAACGGAGGAUGCGGAGUUGCGAGAGAAUAUUAGUGAGCUGCUGCUCUCACUGCAGCAACAGCCACUGAGUGCAGACCUCACAAUGAGCUUGUCAACGUGUCUGGAGCAGCUGCAGCAGCACCAGCAGCAGCAGAAACGAACAGCGCAGCAGCAAAAGGCGCACGGGCCAGAGCGCAAGAGAGCCCGCUCAGCCUCGCCGGGUCGGGAGUUGAAGGAAAUUCCUCCUCGCCGCAGCAAGAGCGCCGGCAGCCGCAACUGCACCAGCGGCAGCAGCAGAAGUGGCCACAGUUCAGGUGCUGCUGUUGGCCGCAGCAGCGCUGGGGAGCAGCAACGUCAGGCGCUGCUGCUCUGGCACGAGCAAGUGCAGCGAAGGCGACGCUUAUCUGCUGCACUAAGUACUGUUGACUUAGAGACGCAGCAAGAAGUGCAGCAGCAGCAGCAACAUCGGCAACGCGAAGUGGCCACGGUUGGCAUCCAGACAGAGGAUGACUCGCUUUUAGAAGGGAUGGAAAUGCCAGACGAGAGGCAGCGACUCCAGGAAAAGGUUGAGGAGAUGCAGCACAAGCUGCAGGAACAACAUUGCGAGCUACAGCAGCUGCAGCAAAAGUGGCAAGGAAAGCAGCAGGAGUGGCAGCAACAGCACCAAGAGCUCGCUGCCGCCAAGGAGGCAGAAAAUGACCGCGCAGAGGCACUACAGCGGGCUUUGAGUGCAACACAGCAGCAGCUGCGAGGGACUGAGGAAGCAUACCAGCAGCUGCAGCAGCAGCGGGAUACGGAGCAGAAACAGCAGAAGCGCAAGCGGGAGGAGGCGCUGCAGCAGCACCAAGAUCUGCUGAGAGCAACUGAGGCGGCACUGCAGCAGCAAAAGGAGCACUAUGAGAAGCUUCUAGAUGCACAGAGAAGCCAAGCACUGGAAGCUGCAGCGGCAGCAAAUGCAGGGGAGAUGAUAUCUGUGGCUGUGCAGACGAAGCGGCAACAGCAGGAGGAGACUUUGCUGCUGCAGCAGGGAACUCAAACACAGCCAGAACAUUUCGUGGCAGGUCUUGUUGGCUCGGAAGUCCAGACAGACCUGUCCUUACUUGAACCCUUGGUGCAGCAGCAACUUGCGUUGCAGCAGCAGAAGCAGCAGCAAGAAGGGGAAAAGCUGGAGGCAACAAUCUUGAAUGAGGAGGAAGUGCUGCCAGCAACAGCAUCUGCUGCUGCCGUUGCUGUCACAGCAUUAGCAGGAGAGGAGCUUGCGAGGGUGUCAACCUGCGAUGCAGAAACACAGACGCAUUUGCUGCAGCAGCGCAACGUGAAAAUACAGUGUAACAGGGAGAAGCUUGCUGUAUCAGAAACUGCUGCUGCUGCUGCAUUUGAAGGCGUUGAAAAGCUUGAUGCGCAGACCCAGGUAGAGCCAUCAGACCUCAUGGACCAGCAGCAGCCACAGCAGGAGCAACCUCAGCAACAGCAGCAACCGCGGGAAACACAGUCGCAGCAGAAGCAACAGAAUGCACAGAAGGACGGACCAGAGCUGGCAGCAAUAGCUGAAGAAACGACGAGUGAGGGCCCAGCCAAGCAAUUCGGCGGCCCACAUUUGAGGAGCCCUAGGAGCAGCACUAGCGACAGGAGCAGCAACAGCAGCAGGAGCAAGCGCAGAAUGAGAUCCCGGGGCCGCGUGUCUUGGGUGCAGGCAGGUGCUGCCACUGCUCGAAAAAGACGGUCCCCCUCAGCGACAGCAGCAGCCGCUGCUGCAGCAGCCGCUGCUGCUGCAGCAGCGGACACGUGCUCCUGCCGCUGCUGCAGGAGGCGGAGAAAGUUGGAUCGAUCCAUGCUGCAUGCAGUUGACACUGCUGCUGCUGCUGUUUCUGCCCACGGCAGGCAUACGCACAGAAGGGGCCGCCGACGCAGCCAUGACCACCGGCUGCUUCAGAGUAGCAGCAGCGACAGUAGCAGCGGCAGCAGCGACAGCACCAGCGGCGGCGCCAGCAGGCUGUACCGCAGUGGCCCUGUGGGCCAACUGAGUCAAAGACAUAAGCAACUGCUAAGGGAGCAGCAAGGCGACACGGACUCUUCGUGGGGUAUGAGUACAACGCCAAGCCGCCACCUGCGCAGGCUGCAGCAGCAGCAGCAGCAACAGGAGGAACGGCGGCGACGGUACACUCCAACUCAGCAGCAGCAACUCAGGCAUGAACCUGCCGUACACCCAGUGGAGGAAUUUGUAGAUCUGUUGAAGGAGGUGGAUGGCAUAGCAGACCCUGCAGUGCCCCCGCCUCGACCUCACCGCCAGCAGCAGCAGCAGCAUCACGACGCAGCAAACGCAAUUGGUGUGGCAUUCACGCCGCGUGCUGCCCAACAGCAGCUGCAGCAGAGACGCAGGAACAGAGCAGCAAAGUACGUCUACGAUGAAGCGAAGCAAGCAGACGGCGCCCCGCAAGCGCUCGCCGACAAGCAGCAGCAGCUGCUGCUGCUGCAGCAGGAAGCAGCGCUCGCUUUUGUUGCUGUGCUGGCUGCAACUGCUGCAGCAGGUAGUUUUCGCCUCUUGUGCUCUUCUUGUGGCGGAUUUUUCGCCUGUCUGCAUGCUGCCCGCGCAGCUGCUGCAGAGACAGUAGCGGCUAAAGAUCCACCAGCAGCACCCGCUGCUGCCGCUAUUAAGAAGCUUGGAGAUGCGGCAUCUGCAGACCUUUGUGGCGGUUUGCUGUGGGACGAGUCCUUGCUUAGCAAGGAGCAGCGGCUGCUGCUGCCUCGCUGGCUGCAGCCUUGCUGCUGCCCAUUGCAUGCGCGUGUUACUUAUGUGCGCUUUCCUGCAGCAGGGGACUUUGCAACACCGGCUGAUGCAGCAGCAGCAGUGCAAGGCUUGCCAGAAGCCCAGCAGUGGCGCAGCGCGGACAUGCAGGCGCAGCUGCUGCUGGCCCAGAGAAGGCAGCAGGAGACGGAGCAGAAAUUGCAGGAGCAAGAGAAGAAACUUAGCGAUGCAAAGUGCCAGCUGCAGCGGCUGCAGCAGCAUCUGCAGCAACAGCAGCAGCUGGUGGCAACGGCGCAGCGGGCAAAGGCUCGGGCGCUCGCAAUAGCGCGGGGCGGUCUUGCUGCAGCAUCUGCAUGCAAGGAGUUGCUGCAGCACCUACGCCAUCUUUUCAAAGAUUUUUUGGAGGGUUUGUCACCUAGUGAUCAACAGCAGCAAAUGCAGAAACUGCACCAGCUGUUGCUUCUCGCCAACAGCUCGCAGUACCAGCUGCCUCUUUUCCCUUCGGUUGCGCUUCCCGAUCGUCGCCUUAUUGCGUGGAUACUACAGCAAGUAUAUCAGUGUCUCUACCUCUUCUCUGUGCACCAGAGGCGAGCCAUGCACCUGCAGCUGCAGGACCAGCAGCAAAUGCUGCAGGCUCAGCAGCAACAGCGACUUGAGGAGCAACAGCAGCACCUUCAGGCGCAGCAACAAAAGGCGCUGCAGGAGCAACUGCACCAGCAGCUGGAACGUUUGCAGCAGCAGAAUCAGCAACAGUCUAAGACGCGCUACGUUGACGUUGCCCUGCUGCUGCUACAGGCCGACAAGCAGCAGUUGCAGCAGCGGGAGCAAUCGCUCCAGCAGCAGCACCGAGACCUUCAGCAGGCAGUACAGGAGCGAGAGUUGCAGAUACGUCGUCAAGAACAGGAGCUGCAGGAGCUGCGCAUGGAAAAGCAGCAGCAAGAGCAGCAGCAGCAAAGGCUCUAUGCUGAGUUACGGGACCAGCAAAGAGACGCAGAAGACACCAUCUCCCGCCUCUCGACCCGCUUGCGAGAGCUCUUAUCCGAGCGCGAUUGUAGCAAGAAGCAGCAGCAGCAACAACAGCAGCAGCAGCUCGAGAGAGCAGAGCUUCAACUCCGCCAGGAAGAACGCCGGUUGCGUGACGAGCAGCAGCAGCUCCUUCAGCAGCAACAGCAGCAGCAAAAGCAACUUCAGCAAGACUUCCAAAGGAUUGAUGAAGAGAGACUCUCUCUGCAACAGCAGCAGCGAGAGUUUGAUACCCUGAACGAAAAGCUGCAGGAAGAGCAGCAAACGUUGCAGCUGCAGCAGCACGAACUACAGCAGCAGCAGCGGGAGCUGCAGCUACAGAGGCGAGAGCUACAAGAAGAGCAGCGCUUGUUAUCGCACCUGGAGUCAAAAGUCCAGCAGCAGCGCGAGGCCAUGAAACUGCAGAGCCACGAGUUGGACCAAGAGCGAGGGAAGCUGCAGCACCUGCAGCAAGACCUGCAGGAGCAGGAGAGCCGUCUGCAGCAGCGGCAGGAGGAACUACAGCGGCAGCAGCAAGAACUGCAGGAGCAUCAGCAAGCAGCGAACGAACUUCAGCACCGACUAAACAAUGAAGAACGUCGCGUAGCUGCGCAGUCCCAGCAGCAGCAAAGAGAAGCAGAUCGCCUUGUGCGGGAGCGACAGAUUCAGCAGCAGCAGCAGCUGCUGCAGGAACAGCUAGCAAAGCAGCAAGAGGACCACUUCGCGCGACAGCAGCAGCGCCUGUCCGAGUAUGAGAGAGAACUUGCUGAGAGGGAGGAGCUGCAGCACCAGGAGCUACAACAACAGCAGCAGCAACUGCAGCAGCAGCUCAGGGAACUGCAGAUGCAGCAGCAAAAUCUUGCAGCUGAAGAGGAGGCAACUUUGCACCUUAGAAGGGAGUUGGAGCAACAGCGACGGCAGGUGCAGCAGCAGCAAGACAGUCAAGACAGCGCUACUUCGCAAGCAGUGCUGGAGCUCCAGCGCGAAAUUGAUUCCCAGCAGCAACGCAUACAGGAGCUCUUUGGGCAGGUAAUGAAGCUACAGGAGGCUAAAGGAGACCUGGAGGGGAAACUGCUGGACGCUAAGCAGCAGCAGCAAGCAGAACAACGCCGAGGACUGGAGCAGCAACAGGAGCUGCAGCUUCUGCGACAGCAACUAGAGCAACAGCAGCAACAGACAGCCCAGGCGAUCUCCCAAACAAAGCGUGACUGCGAUGAGCUGCAGCAGGAACAGCAGCAACACCAUGCCAAUGAAUUGUGCCUUCUGCAGCAGCAGCACGAUGAAGAACUGCACCAGCAGCAAAAGCAACAGGAGAAAGAACGAGAAGCACUACGGAAACAGUUCGAGCAGCAGCUAGAACAGCAGCAGCAGCGCGAGGAACAGACACAGAAGCUGAAACUGCAGCUGGAAGAAGAGUUGCAGCAGCAGGUCUCCACAGCGCUGGAGCUGCAGCGUGAGCUUGCGAUAGUGCAGCAACGGCUAGACGCAACAGAGAAGCAGAAUGAGCAGCAGACGCAGCUGCAAAGGCAACAGGAGCGGCAAUACGAGGCUACAGCUGAGCAUCAGAAGCAGCUGCAACAGCAACUGAACGCUCUAUAUUCGCAUGCGGAGAGAACUCUAGUCUGCUGCGCAUUGCUGGACAGCCAGCUGAAACACCACCAGCAGGUGCAGCAGCAAAAGGGUAGUCCUUCUGUUGCCGUUGGUUCUCCUAUCUCACAGACGCUGCAGCAGAUUCGACAGCUGCAGGAGCAGCUCUUAGCGUUAAAAUGCCUUGCAAGAAACAUGAAAGAUGAAGAGGCGCCGCAUACAGCAAGCGGCAGUAACAGCGGCACCUGUGACGGCUGCGCUGAUGAGAACUACAGCAACGUUGAGAGUCAAUUCCUGUCGCGCCAUCGCACGUUUACGGAGCCUGACCUUACUUACGGCUCGUGCCCUGUCGCAGAUAGCCUCUCUGCGCAGCAUUGGCAGCAGCAGCAGCAACAACACAGAGAACAGCUGGAGACUUUGAAGCAGCAGCUCACUGAGCUCCAAGCGGAGCUGGAGCAAAAGUCAAGAGAGUUUCUGCAACAGACGGAAGAACUUUCAGCAGUGAGGUUACAACUACAGCAGCAGCAGGAAGAACAUCGACAACAGCUGCGGCAGCUGCGCCAGCAAGAGCAGAUAUUGCAGCAACAGCAACCGCAGUCUGAGGAGGUCGAACGCCAAAAGGCGUACAAUGAGGAAUUAGCUGCGUUGGUAGAAAUGCAAAAGCUGUUGCAGUACUCCAUAGCACAGCAAGCAGCGGAACUUCAGCAGCGAGAGGCGCAGAUGUCAGUUCAGCAGCAGCAGCUUGAAGAACAGCGGGCAGAAUUGAAACUGCUUCAGGAACCACUAGAAGAGCAGCGGCAUUUGCUGUCGCAGCAGCAGGCUGCUCUAGAACGGAAGGCGCAUGAGCAGGAAGAGCUGCAACAACAUCUGGAGGAGCAGAAGCUGCUCCUGCUGGAGAGAUCAUCGAACACGCAGCAGCGAGAGCAGCAGCAGCAGCAUUUUGUGCAGCAGCACGAGCAAGAACUUCGUCUUGAUGGCGAGGGGAACACUGAGGCGGAACGGCAACAGCUACUAGUGCUGCAGCAGCAGCUUGAGGCGACUGGGGCAACUGCUGAUCAAGUGGAGCAACAGCAUGCCGACGAUGCUCAGCAGCUGCAGGAAGAGCAGCAUGCAGUCCUGCUGCAGAGCCUUGCAACGCAGCGCAACCUCCUGCAGACAGUGUACGCUCAUCUUCGGAAGGAACAGCAUAUGCUUCAGCUCCAGCAGCAAGAGCAGCAGCAACAACAGCAAGAAGCAGAUAGCCGCGUGGCGCAGCUCAGCGAAUUCGUCCUGAUGACGGUUCGAGGGUAUGCUCGCUUCUUCAGUAUCCACUGCCGUGGGGACUUGAGCAGCAGCGGCAGCAGCAGUAGCAGCAGGAACGAGUGCAGCACCAGUAGCUGCAGCAGCAAUAACAACGACGUGAGCACUAGCACUAGCGGCUUCCUAAGCAGCAGCAGAGGCCUCUCUGCUUCUUGUCACUCACACACUCAAGCUGCUAACCAGGCCGAAGAUGUAGAGUCCGAAUUGAGCCAUCCAAUGUUUCCUGCAGCUCCUACAGUGCAGCAGUUGCUGGAUGCAUUGACGUUGCGAGAUCAUCCAGAUGCUCCCCAUCAGCUGCAGGAGCUACAGCAGCGGCAGCAAGAACAACAGCAGGAAAACGAAACAAGCCCAUUGCGGCUGUCGGUCAGCGGCGUGCCUUUGUGCUCGCUGCAGCAGCGAGAUAUUUCCUUUUUAGAAGUCUUUGUUUCCGAUUUACACCGACUCGUGCUGCGUUGCGCGGCUGCCGCUCGCCGCGCGCAGAAGGGGGCUUUGUCUUUAGCGGAGGGCGAAGCAGGAGGCGCAGAAGCAUCAACAGUGAAAGUAGAUGCAUCACUUGAUCUGGCAGAGGAGGAACAAGCAGCAGCCGCGGCUCUCACUGAGCAGCAGCUGUCACUGUCUGGCAAAGAACUGUCCUCUUCCACAGCAGGUGAUACGGAAAGUGAGGCUUCUGCAGCAUCAGCGGUGCGGAUACCAGAACGCCGUGCUAGGGUGAAGCCUCUGCAGCCAGAAAGGCAUGACAGCAAAAGGGGGACGUUUGCGUUCGAGAGAACAAUUCCUGCUGCUUCUCUCCUUGCACAGGACGACGGCAGCCGCCAGUCAGCCACUGAGAGUCAGAUUUCAACUUCCCGCAGCGGCGUCGAGAGUGGCAGCAGCGCUGAGAAAUUGAGCAAAAGUGGAAGCAUCAGCAGCACGAACCUACACCCUUCCGGGAUGAAGCCACAGCAGCAGCUCGUGCAGUCUGAUUCGUCUGCCGGAUCAUCUUCACUUUCUUCUCUCCAUUUGAGCCCACAGAUAGUCCAGCGCAUGCCUUUGCCGGGAUCUGCUGACGCUCCAGCUAGUGUAACGACAGCAACAACAGCAGCAACGGCAGCGACACCGGCCGAAGCAGCAGCGGUAGGAAAGCCAGCAGAAAGGGCCCCUACAAGGGCGGUUUCUAUGAUGCCACAGCAGACGCCGGUGAGCCGGAUAAGAAGACACAUCGAGCCUCAACAGCAGCUGCAGAAAGGCGAAUUUCACUUGAAUGCACCGGCUUCUGCUGAAGCGUCAGACUCUACGCAGCGGGAGACGCCUUGCUUUCCCGGAGUCUUUGGCGUGAGCAUCAGGCACCGCAGCAGCAGCAACGACCAAGAAAACGAGCAACUGCAGCAGCUGCCAGAAAGAAGGCGCCUAGGAGCAGCACCAGGAGCAGUCCAUGCACCAACUUCAGGAAUAAUAUCCACAAGAGAUGCCCCUGCGUCACCUAGGAUGAUGACCUCCACAGGGAGCGGCGGCCGAAUUUUUCUGGGUGAUAGAAACCCCUCAUCUCCUACAGCAGGCGAAGAGGCAGAGGAUGGUUCUGAUUUCUCUCUCUCAGGCUUAUCCACCGUCACUCUCUCCGGCUACUCGUCAGCAGGAGGCCAAUCAAGACCAGGCGUCACGGAACACUAG